AUGCCAUUUAUCAAAUCAAAAAAGAAUCUGCCAGUCAUUUCAACACAGAAAUGUGGACUUCGACACACAGUUAUCUCUGCCAAUGGAGAUGAAUACACCGGGGAGUGGCUUGACAACAAAAAACAUGGAAAGGGAAACUAUGUUUGUAAGAAGACUGGUGCCAUUUAUGCAGGAGAAUGGAAAUUUGGAAAACGUGAUGGACUUGGCACCUAUUGUGUUCUACUCCCUGAAUCAAAGACAUGUUCAAAAAAGUACGAUGGUGAAUGGAAAAAUGGAAAAAAACAUGGUUAUGGGACUUACUUUUACAAUAACUCGGAAGUGUAUGAGGGGGAAUGGAGUGAGGACCAGCGGAGCGGCCGGGGAAGAAUGCACUAUCUGAAUGGUGACUUCUAUGAGGGAGAUUGGAUGAAUGAUAAGAUUAACGGCCAAGGACUCAUGACAUUUUCAAAUGGAACCUCGUAUGAAGGCACCUGGCAAGAUGGCAAGAAGAAUGGCGAUGGAAAGCUCUAUUACCGUAAAAAAGGCAUGAUUUAUGAAGGUGUUUGGGUGGACGGAGCAGCAAAAUGUGGGACACUGUCUAAUUUUGGGAGGGACGAGGCUUCAGAACCAGCCAAGUACUCAUUUCCAGAGUUACACCUGGUGGAUGCACAAUUGGUUUUAAGUGAAGCUCAGUCAGCCCUCCGUGAUCAGUCCUGAGAAUCAACAACAAGCAUCCUCUCCAUCACAAACAUGAUGUAUUCAACACACUUCAUCUUGUCAAAAUUGCCCAUGUCAGAGUUCAUGUUUCAAUUGACUUUAGACAAUAGCUAUUAAACUGAUCAAAUUCAUUCUAUCUACUAUUGUUGCAUCUAUUGUGAUAAAAGAACUAUUCAAGCUUUGUAUGUGU